AUGGUGGAAGGAAGGGACGAAGAAGGCAACGUCGGCGUCCCAAUUGUAGUCCCGGUAGAAGACAAGGUUGUUGAUGGAAUGGCGAGCAGAGGCGGGGGAGGGUCAUCAAACAGCAUUGAAGUAUCCACGUUGGGUUCCCUCAAUCAUUCUUCUCCUCACAAAGCAGAAAGUCCAUCAGAGUCGAAUUCAAACACGCUGCUUCAAAAUUUGACCAAGUUAAGAGUCCUCAUCCUCGAUGGGUUAAACAUGUCUGGCAUUGACGUGAGUGGCUUGAGGAAUCUGUCUCCAUCUCUGCAAGUCCUCAGCCUCAGUUCCUGCAACGAGGAGCUUGCGGGUUACUUACCCGAAUCAACUUGGAAUAGCUCUCUGAAGGUUUUGGACUUGUCCUCCACGGGCUUCUCUGGGGUAUUACCAGAGUCCAUUGGCGACCUUCAUUCUCUGGAGAUACUCUGGCUAUACCAUUGUAAUUUCAAUGGCUCCAUUCCAUCAUCAAUCGGUAACCUAACACGACUCGCCAGAUUGGAACUCUCAUUCAAUGAGCUUAGUGGUCAGCUUCGAACAAGUUCCAUGGAAAAUCUUAUAAUCAUCGACCUGAAUUCAAACUUGAUCCAAGGGCCAUUUCUGCCACCAUCACUCCCGAAUUUGGUUCUCAUCUUCUCGCUGGCUAGCAAUCGAGUGAGUGGCUAUAUCCCUGGCUCUAUUUGUGAAAUGAAGGGCCUACAAAUUCUUGACCUCUCUGGCAACAAUUUCACUGGAACAAUCCCUCAAUGUCUAGGGAACAUCAGCGACAGCCUUUUAUUGUUGGAUUUGCAAGAAAAUGGACUUUUCGGCACUAUCUCACUCACAUUCGGCAAAAAUGCUGUCCUGAGAAGUCUUCACCUCAAUGGAAACAAAUUUGAAGGCCUGUUGCCACGCUCUGUAAUCAAUUGCACGCAACUUGAAGCGCUAGUUCUCAGUGGUAACAAGUUGAACGACACUUUCCCAAGAUGGUUGGAAACACUUCCUAGCCUGCGGGUCUUGGUCUUGCGAUCGAACAGACUUCACGGCUCCAUAGGCAACCCUAGAACUGAAUUUCCCUUUCCGCAGUUGCGCAUUCUUGACCUUUCCUCCAAUGAGCUCACCGGUCCUUUGCCCAGCACCUACUUUGUAAAUCUGAAAGCAAUGAUAUCGACUGAUCAAGAUGGAUCCAAGUUGCGAUACAUGGACCAAGGUUACUACCAGGAUUCCAUAAAUGUGAUAGAUGAAAGGACUUGA